AUCCAUCGCACAACAAUGGCCAAUAAAUCGAUAAGCCCAGGUUUCGGCUAUAAAAGCGCCCGCCCGCCUCAGUAUCGGCGGACUGCUGCAUCCGCUGCUCAUCCAAGCGCCACCAUGCGAACUUUCCAGGUCCUGUUCUGCCUCGUCGCGCUGUAUUGGUCAGGCUCAGGAGCUGUGCCCAAUGGGAACCGGCCUGAACCGUCCGACUCACUCCGACUCGUCCAUGUGCUGUUUCGCCAUGGCAACCGCAACCCCGAGGCCUCCUCCAUCUGGGACGGCAACGCCUACGCCAACGAGAGCUUCUAUCCGGAGGGCUUCGGUCAGCUGAUCAAUGCGGGCAAGCGCACGGAGCACAACCUGGGCAAACUGUUGCGCGCGCGCUUUGACAGCUUCCUGGGCGACAUCUGGAACAUCAACGUGAUGGACGUGCGCACCACCGACUACAAUCGCACCAAAAUGAGCGGCCUGCUCGUAUUGGCUGGCCUGUGGCCCCCCAGGGGCGCCAACAUCUGGAACCCUGAGCUGCCCUGGCAGCCCAUUCCCUACAACUACUAUGCAGCUGCUGAUGACCAGGUGCUGGCAUCCGUACCAUCGGGAGCCUCCAGCCUGCUGGCCGAGCGCUUCGCGGACGAGGACACUGUCUCCUACCUCUCCUCCCGCUACGGGGAGGUGAUGGAGGUGCUGGCCGCCAACACGGGGAUUGAGCCGGACGACUUCCUCAGCGCCUUCACCAUCUACGACGUGAUCAAAGUGCAGACUCAGCUGGGCUUCGAGAUGGACGGCUGGACUGCUGAGGUGUACCCUGAGCCGCUCGGCUCACUGGCCGUGGACUACUACUACAUCAUGACCAACACGACAGCGCUGCGCCGCGCCCUUUCCGGCCCCCUGAUCCAGAAGAUCCUGCAGGACACGCAGAGCCUGAUCAGCGGCACUUUGUCGCCAGAGGGCCGGAAGCUGUUCGUCUAUUCGGCGCAUGACGUCAAUGUGGGCAACAUGCUGCGCUCGCUGGACGCCUACGCGUUGGAUCAGAGCCCCCCCUACGGGGCCUGCGUCAUCUUUGAGGUGCACGAGGUGCGCGGCCAGUUCGGGAUCAAGCUGUUCUACGUGGACUACGAGGAGGACAGCCCGAAGCCCCUGAGCAUCCCCGGGUGCCCGCACUUCUGCCCGGUCGAUCGGUUCUACGCGCUGGUGGAGGAGAUUUUGCCCGUCUGAGCGGCCUGGUUGACGACCCUUUCACAAUAAACGUCCCAGUUUAA